AUGCCUGAAGUGGAUCUGCAGGAUUCGUUUCCCUGUGAAAGGAGUGCAGCCUACGAUAACUCUGUCAAGAUCAUAUUGAUCGGUGAUGCCGGAGUCGGAAAAACCAGCCUCAUCGCUAGCUACCUCUACUACUCCAUCGAAACUCCUCAGUCCACCAAUGAUAUGGAUUUGAAGUUCAAGCUGCUCACUGUAGGUGACACGGAAUUGAUGCUCAAAAUUUGGGACACUGUUGGACAGGACAAAUUCAGAACACUAACAGAGUCUUUUUAUCGAGGUGCCGACGGGAUUAUUCUUGAAUUCUGAAAGAGCUGUAAGCCGAGAGGAGGGACUUGGACUAGCAAGGACGCUCAAAAGUUUGUUUUUUGAAUCUAGUGCUAAAACUAGAGAAAAUGUGAAGGAGUGCUUUGAAACGCUUGCACUACAGAUAAUGGAGGUUCCUAGUCAUGAGGAAGAAGAAUCUCCGGAGCAGAUAAACCCUAUCCACUUGAUAAUGGAACUUUCUGGUGUUGGUGGUCUUGUUGAUGUUCUCGGUGGUAUCGGUGGCGGUGGUGGUGGCGGUCGCGGUCGUGGUCGUGGUCGCGGUCGCGGUCGCGGUUUUCGUGGUGGCGGUCGUGGUAUUCGCGUUCCUCGUGUUCCCCGUGCUCCUGUUGUUCGUACUUCGUGCGGUACCUGGCCGGUGCUAAAAAGCAAGAUUCACUUAUCAUGAACAGAUCGUCUACAUUUUAAUUUCUCUUUUAAUUUUUUACUACUCCUCUUGGCGAGGAAUGCUUCUAUGCAU